GAGCCCCCCCUCAUGGAGACACAGCUCACGCCACGGCAGAUAAGGCCACGUGCAUCCUUCGCUGCUCCGUGCUCACCAGCGCUCUCCUCCAGUCUCCACUUCACUUCGUCCCUGAUCGCCGGGCGAGCAGCGGCAACGGCCAUGAUGAGCUUGGCGUCCGGCGUUCCCUCCGCGCAGGCAUUCCCCGCGUUAAUGACUCCCGCCGCUGGCUCCCACACCCACUGUCGGGUCCACACGCAUGCGGCGGCCUCCAAGAGCGGAUUGGCCUGCCGCGUCGCGCGCAGCGGGAGCGGUGGCGCUCGGUGGCUGCCGGUCUCCUGUGCAGCGGGGGGCGGCGCAGUUGGUGAUGCUUUUGUUACUGAGGACACAACAAAUGUGAAGUUUCCUCGGGAACUAACGGUUCCAGGCUAUACAUACCCUUUGGUUGCAGUUGGCACAGGUUACAGAGAUAAGUUCUUUGUCAAAGUAUAUGCUGCGGCGUUCUAUGUAGAUUACUCACUUCGCCUUGAUACUGAGCAAUGGAAAGAAAAGAUUGGUAUUGAGAGCUUUGACGGUUCCUCUGUUUUUGACUCCAUUUUUAAGGCACCAGUUGUGAAAUCAUUAAGCAUAAUUCUUGUUAGAGAUGUUGAUGGCAAGACCUUUGUGAAUGCUCUAAAUGAUGUCAUUGCUCGCCAAAUAAAAAACCCAAAUGCUGAGGAAGAAUCUUCCCUGUCAACCUUGCAGAAUACCUUUCUUGGGCGCAAUCUCAAACAGGGAACAAACAUAUACUUAACUUGGCUUGAACCCAAAAGAAUGCUGAUUUCCAUUUCCGAAAAUCAAGAUCCACGUCAAGUUGAUGCAGAGAUCGAAUCUGCUACUGUUAAUUAUGCUCUAUACGAUGGCUUCUUUGGUAAAUCCCCAGUGUCCCCUUCUUUGAGAUCAUCUACAGCCCGAUUGCUGGAAGCGCUUCUGCAGUGACAACUCAAUCGUGGUCCCAUCAUUUUUUUUUUGAGAAACUUUCCAUCAGUGAUUGCUAGGAGUGGUUAUUUCCCUACGGAUUGCUUUACAUUUCCAUCAUUCAACUUGCCUAGCCCAACUUGCUCCGUGGAAAUGGAUUUUUCAGGGGCAGUAGAAACUAUUAACUGCCCUUGGAAAUUGAUUUUCAGGGGUGGUUAUUGUUGUGAACCACACCUAGAAAAUGUUUCACAUUUUUGAAAGUUUCAUGGCAAUUUUGAAAGAUUUCAUCCUGCCAAUUUCAUCAAAUUGAAUCCAUGCCACAUGUAUGAUACCAAUAUAGUAUAAACUUAGUGACAUACUGUAUAUUUAGUAAUUUAGUCGGAAUCAUCACGAUUAUUUCA